ACGUGAUAGGAUUAGUGGAUACGGCUAUAUAAGGAGCCGGCGCAAGAAGACGCACUUGAUCACGCGCUCCGACACAUGCAUCAAGUACCAGCGAGCGCUGCCGUGGAGUCUAUAUGGCCAGGAUAUAAUAGCUGCACAUCUUGUUCCGUCGCCGGACGGACGAGAUCUCAGGCGCUGGAUGAAAACCGACAUGGAGGAGACUUCAAGGCUUGAUUGUCUACGUGUGACACGCUCGUCAUCGGAAGGCUCAGCGCAGGAAUCGCUAUAGAGAAGCGCGCGAUGAGCUGAAUACCGCGCCUCAGAAUGGAUACAGCGGUACGAGACGGCGUGUACUUCUCCAUCCUGUGUCACAGCAAGAAGCACUGCGCGCUAUGCUGGGCGGCACCCGUGAGUACCUACUCUCCAGCUCCGGGGCUUGAGAUGCACGUCGGACUGAAGGCUAUCGUCAUUCCCAUCCUCCAGCCGCUAUACCGGCACGGCUUACGCGCCCUUCACCUCCUCUCCACUCCACAAGUGCAACGUUGUUGUUCACCCCAGACCUGCGCCCCUUGGCACCGCAUCUCCGCUCUUGUCCCCAGCGCAGCGCAGUGCAGCGCCCAGCAACGCUCGGCACACCCAUCGCAACUCCGCCGGCUUCCGUCUCGGCGCCCCAACACCCUCCCCAUCCUGUUUUGCACCGCACUUGGACGUGGCCAAAGCAGGUUUGUGGCUAGAGCAGCUACGUGGCUGGGGCGGCCAAGCAGCUUGCCUGUGCCGCGAUGGCGAAGCGCUGCUGCUGAGCGGGUUUGCGGAGGGGAGAGGUGCUUGUUGGGACGUCACGGUGCAGGGCGCCACACUGCGGCGCGAGGUAGUGAGGUGUGCGAUGGUUGGAUGGUCGCGUUGACGCGCGUGCAGGUUUAGGGUUGGGAGUGUGAGGUGAAGGCUGCGCCAUUCUGAUGGCCAAUUUGGGCGAUAGAUGGCUCAUAUUAUCUGCCCCAACCAUAUGCGUUGAACGGAAAGGGACACAGUGUGCCCGAGCAGCUUCGUCUCGAGCCGUCAAAAUGAAAUUAU